UAUCCGCCUGAAAACUAGCAUCACGGAAGUACAGAAAGAAACUGUAAAGUCGGAAGGGGGAUGCUACGGACGAGUAUCAGCAUUAAAACUUGUCUGAGGCCGUUGGUUUUCUCUUCUCAAAGUCUGUCGAUAAUGUCUUCAGAGGAUGUUAAAGACUCUGACAACAGGUCGAUUCACUCCGACAGCGUCGAUGAGGUCCAUAACGUCCCGAUGGACGUCAUCAUCCGACCGUUUCCUCCGGUUCUGGACGAGCAGAAAGUCCAGAGUCUGAUGGACACCUUAAAGGAGAAGAAAGACAUCAGCGUAGUUCCUCCCAUAGACGUUCUGUGGAUUAAAGGCAGCGAAGGUGGAAAUUACUACUACUCCUUCGGCGGCUGUCACAGGUUUGCUGCUUAUCAGAGAUUAAAAAUGCCCACCAUCCCAGCCAAGAUCAUCAAAUCGAACAUUUCAGACCUUAGCACUUACUUGGGCGCGUCAACACCUGAUUUGCGGUGAUGGUACUUCGGCUGCAAACAAAGUGUGUACCAGCAGGGGGAAACAUAACUCUAGUCAAACACAACAUUUUUCAUGUGAAACCAGUGAUAUGAGAUUAAAAACAUGUGUGUGCCUGUCUAUGUAUUUAUUCGUCUCUAUGUGUUCUCUUAAAUUCACAUUUUCCUGCCUGUGUUUGAGAGCGCAGUGAAGAAGGAAUUAGUAGUUCUUUUUUGCUUCUAAUGCUGAAUUCAUGAUGGUAAAAUUAAGCAGCUUGUGUGACACUACACAGCAGGUUUACGCCUUUGUAGCCAUCAGUGACUUGCCUUCAAGUUCACCUUUUUAUCUCCUCCUACUAAUGACUGAGGAAGAUUAAAAGUUGUUUCAUGCUCAAGUUAUUUUAGGCAGAAAUAAUGUCAAAAGUGUCUUGUCUAAAACGUGUGUGUGUGUGUGUGUGUGUGUGUGUGUGUGUGUGUGUGUGUGUGUGCACACCAGGGUUAAUUUUAGAAAUCACGUGGGAUAAAGCCACUUUGUGCUGUGAUGCUGCAACAGAAUAGGAGCAGGAAUGUGCACAGUGGAUAUUUCUGUAACUAAAAGAAAAAUAUGAAUACAAUAUACAAUGCCCAGCCAAAAAAAACCCCA